UUCUCCUUCCACGUUUUAGUUUAUUUCUCUCUCACACACUCUCUCUCUCCAUAGACAAUGCUUCCAACAAAUCCUCCGGCCACUGGGGUUGGACUCGGUUACGGCAUCGCCAUCGCCGUGAGCAUCCUCAUUCUCAUCUCCACUAUAAUGCUCGCUUCAUACAUCUGCAUAAGGUCAAAGUCUGCUCCAAGAGACGGAACCACGAGCGACAGAGUUCUUGACUCGCCGGUGGCUGAGGUAAAGCUCGGGUUGGACCUGCCUGUUAUAGAGUCAUAUCCAAGGAUAGUGCUUGGAGAGAGCAGAAGAUUACCUCGGCCCAAUAACGGUCCAUGUUCGAUAUGCCUAUGUGACUACGAAGCUAGAGAUCCGGUUCGGUGCAUACCGGAAUGUAAUCACUGCUUUCAUGCUGAUUGUGUUGAUGAGUGGCUCCGGACAAGUGCAACGUGUCCCCUUUGUAGAAACUCACCGGCUCCGUCUAGGCUUGCCACACCCUUGUCUGAUUUGGUCCCAGUCUCCUUUCAAAUCAGGUGAAGGAUAAAGACCUCUUUCCUUUCAAGGCUCCACAUUUCAUACUCUUUUCUUUCUGUGCUUAGAGAGUAGAACUAGUGAGUAUUGAUAUGGUUCAGCUUUUUUAUAUUCCUGAAAUCAUCAAUAAGUGUGAAAACUUCUGUAUUGAUAAAAGUGAAAGUUAGAGUUCUUGCACGUCUUUCAUUAUCAUAUAGGCAAUGGCGGGCUAUGCAUACGU